CAGUCAAAAAUGCACACUAGACAACAAAUCUUACUGCAUCGUUCACGAUCUACGUGGAAGAUCCAUCCCGUGUUUUAGCUGUUAAAGAAAUUGCCAACUCCCGUUCAAUAAUUCUAUUCCGUGGCCCUAUUCAAUAUUACAGGUUCCUGUUCAAUAACUCCAUUCCGCGCACAUGUUCAAUAAGCGAUGGCCCUGUUCAAUUACUCCGCUCCGUGUUUUGCGCGCGCUCCCCCUCCUUUCUACUGAACUCCAGCCCCUCGCGCUCUCUCUAUCAGCCUCUCACUCCGUCUCAAUAUGUCUCAAGAUGGCGGCCAAUGCGGGAUCGAUGUUUCAAUAUUGGAAGCGCUUAGAUUUACAGCAGCUGCAGAGAGAACUGGAUGCCACCGCCACAGCCCUGGCCAACAGACAAGAUGAGAGCGAGCAGUCCAGGAAAAAGCUAAUCGACCAGAGCCGCGAGUUCAAGAAAAACACACCAGAAGAUCUGCGAAAGCAGGUAGCUCCGUUGCUAAAGGGCUUCCAAGCAGAGAUCGACGCAGUGAGUAAAAGAAGUAAGGAGUCAGAGGCUGCCUUCUUAAACGUGUACAAGAGAUUCAUCGAUGUCCCAGACCCUGUGUCGGCCCUGGACACUGCCCAGCAGCUACAGCUGAAGGUCCAGAGGAUGCACGACAUCGAGACGGAGAACCAGAAGCUCCGUGAGACGCUGGAGGGCUACACCCAGGAGAUCGCUGAGGUCAAGAACCACGAGGUCACAAUUAAAGCACUUAAGGAGAAGAUAGAGGAGUAUGAAGAGACCCUGAAGAAACAGGCCAAGGAGCUGGGCCAGGAGGAGAAGAGAGGGGGAGAAAAGGAAGAGGAGAAAGAGAAGAAAGAGGGAGAGGAGGGGCAGCUUCACAACGACCAUGCAGAGGAGGAGAGUCAACAACAGGAGAACCAGGAGUCUGUGGUGUCAAAGCUGGAGGAGGCAGACCGUAAGGCCCAGUCGCUACAGACAGCACUUGAAGCAACUCAGGCAGAGGUUUUGGAACUGAAGAGCAAGUAUGACGAAGAGUCGACAGCAAAGGCCGAUGAGAUUGAAGUGCUGAUGUCAGACCUGAAGAGAGCCAAUCAGAGAGCGGAGGUAGCAGAGAGAGAAGCAGAGGCUCUUCGGGAACAGCUGACGUCCGCCAACAAGUCCCUCCAGCUUGCCACACAGAUCCAGAAGGCCCCUGACAUGGAGCAGGCCCUGGAGGUUCUGUCGCGCUCCAGUCUGGAGGUGGAGUUGAGCGCCAAGGAGCGGGAGGUGCUGCAGCUGGCCGAGGACGUGCAGAGACUGCAGGCCAGCCUGGCCAACAUCCAGGAGAAUUCUGCCUCGCAGAUCAGCCAGCUGGAGCAGCAGCUCAGCACCAAGGAGAGCUCGCUCAAGCAACUGGAGGAGAAACUGCGAGAGCAGGCGGACUACGAAGACGUCAAGAAAGAGCUCAGUAUCCUCAAGUCCAUGGAGUUUGGCUCUUCAAACUUCUCCUCAGCACAGGACUCUAAGAAGCCUCUGGAGUUGUUGUUGAAGAGUCGAGGCCUGCAGUCUGAGAGCUCCUCCCUGCGCCUGAACAACAGUGAGCUGAGUGGUGUGAGGGAGCGAAAGGUCAAAGAAUCGUCAGAGGGUCAACAGCGUCUUCCCGCCACGCCCAUGGGUACCAACUUGCAGGGCUCCCCUCCCCCUCCCUCCUCUCAACUCCUCCUGCGCACUGGCUCAGGUGGUUCCUCCGACACCACCCCUGUCACCACCGCCAAUGGCACGCACCACUUCUCGCCCACGGGUGGCGGGCUGGGCGGGCAGGACUUCUUCAGCCCCUCCUCGCUGGCGUCAGCAGGCACCGCUUUCCCCCUGGCGGGUAAGGUGUCGCUCAACUCCCUGCUGCAGCGCCAGCUCAUGCAGACCUUCUACUCCAAAGCCCUGCAGGACUCGGUGUCUGGCCAGGCCCUGCUCUUCUCCCCCGCCCACUACCCAACCCCUAACUCCCUCUCAGCCAGUCCUCUGCCGCCCCAUCAGUCUUUGCAGUCGCAAUCCCAGCACCCGUCGGCGGGCAGCCCAGACGUUAACGGCCUAGCCCCCUCGCCCAGCCAGUCAGAGGGGGCAGGGAGUGUCUCGGAAGGUGAAGAAAUGGACACGUCUGAGAUAGCGCGUCAGGUCAAGGAGCAGCUGAUCAAGCACAACAUCGGGCAGAGGAUCUUCGGCCACUACGUGCUGGGGUUGUCCCAGGGUUCGGUCAGUGAGAUAUUGGCUAGGCCCAAGCCCUGGAGCAAGCUGACCAUCAGGGGCAAGGAGCCCUUCCACAAGAUGAGGCAGUUCCUAUCUGACGAGCAGAACAUCUUGGCACUGCGCAGCAUCCAGGGGAGGCAGAGAGAGAACCCAGGCCAGAACCUGAACAGAGUGUUUCAGGAGGUUCCGAAGCGAAGAACCGGCUCCGAAGGCUCCUCGAGGGCAGGUAACAUCACCACGCGGAUCCGUACUCCGGAGAGUGGCUCAGACGAGGCCAUCAAGUCCAUCCUGGAGCAGGCCAAGAGAGAACUGCAGGUCCAGAAGGCUGAUGGUGUGGAGGACAGACAGCGACGACAGACAGGUUACCCCCGAGGCAUGGGCAACUAUUUCGCAAAAUAUGCACAAAGUCUCAGACUCGUGGACUCGACUCAACCCCCUCCCUCGUCCAGCAUUGGUGGUGGUGGUAGUAUCGGCUCAGGUGGAUCCUCCAGCUCAGACGAGACCAUCCGCUCCAUCCUAGAGCAGGCGAGGAGGGAGAUGGAGGCCCAGCAGGCCGCCCUGGAGCCCAUCCUCAAGCCCUCCUCCAUGGGCCCCUCUGACCUGGCCCUGCUCUCCCCCAAACUCCUGGGCGCUUCCACUCUCCCGGCCUCCUACUCACCCCUGGCCCUCUCCCUCAAGAAGCCCUCCAUCCCCCCAUCCUCCUCACCCUCCUCCCUCCUGGACUUCCACUCUACCAUAGUGAAGAAGGAGGCAGGAGAGGUGGCGGUGGGAGAAGGCGGGGGAGGAGGAGGGUCUCUAAUGGACGGAGGGACCAAGCAGGGGCGGGGCUCCUGGAGGGACCAAUGGUGGAAUAGUAUGCACCCCGGGGGGCGGGGAGUCACGUCUAGCAUGAACGACGACGCACGGAGUCAGGAGGACAGCAAGGAGAAGCCUCCCCGGCUGGCCGGCUCGUCCUCGGCGCUGGCCCCCUUCUCCUCCUCCGUCUCCAUCUCCUCCGUGGACUACUGGAAGGACUGGCCCCGGGCCGAGUCCCCGUACUCCCAGGCCGGCUCCGAGCCCGGCGGGUGCACCAACACCCAGGGGACCAGUCGCGCCGACACCCCCCAGAGCAGCCCCUCUCCCCUGCCUCUGUCCUUGAGCCUGGGGCCCCUGGGUUCCCUGUUGACUCCCGCAGCCAAACCAGCCAAGCCGGUGGUGGUGCCGCUCACGCCUGAGCAGUACGAGGUCUACAUGUACCAGGAGGUGGACACGGCCGAGCUCACGCAACAGGUCAAGGACAAGCUGGCCAAGAACGGCAUCUGCCAGCGCAUCUUUGGAGAGAAGGUGCUGGGCCUGUCUCAGGGCAGUGUGAGCGACAUGCUGUCCAGGCCCAAGCCCUGGAGCAAGCUGACCCAGAAGGGCCGGGAGCCCUUUAUCCGUAUGCAGCUGUGGCUCAAUGGAGAGCUGGGCCAGAAUGUCCUGCCCUUACAGGGCCAGCCACAAGAGAACACCCCAAAGACCUCAGCCAGCUGCAGCCCAGCCCCAGAGUCACCCCUCAGCUCGGCCGAGGAGUCAGUGAAGAGCUUGGGGGAGCAGGGGGGAGGAGGGGGAUGUGGGGGUGGAGGAGGGUCGUCCCAGUUCCCCCCCAGGGAGCCCAGCGAGCCCUCUGAGUCCCAGCCUGGCACACCGCUGCCCGUCCCUGGUCACUCGGGCCUCAGCAUCCAGGAGAUGGUGGCCAUGUCUCCGGAGCUGGACACCUACGUCAUCACCAAGAAGGUCAAGGAGGUGCUGACCGAUAACAACCUCGGUCAGCGUCUGUUUGGGGAGACCAUCUUGGGUCUGACCCAGGGCUCGGUGUCUGACCUGCUGGCGAGGCCCAAGCCCUGGCACAAGCUCAGUCUGAAGGGACGUGAGCCCUUCGUCCGCAUGCAGCUCUGGCUUCAGGAUCCACGCAACGUGGAGAAACUCAUGGACAUGAAACGCAUGGAGAAGAAAGCCUACAUGAAGCGGCGCCACAGCUCGGUGAGUGAGAGCCAGACGGUGGACAGCGGGGGCUUGUCGGGGGGAGACUUCAGCCAGGGGGGCAGCCCACAGCAUGGCCUCAGCCACCACCUGCACCAGCAACAGCCCCCCCAGCAGCACCUGAAGAAGGCUCGUGUGGUGCUGGCCCCAGAGGAGAAGGAGGCCCUGAAGAGGGCCUAUCAGCAGAAGCCUUACCCCUCGCCCAAGACCAUCGAGGAGCUGGCCUCACAGCUCAACCUCAAGACCAGCACCGUCAUCAACUGGUUCCACAACUAUAGGUCUCGUAUCCGACGGGAGCUGUUCAUUGAGGAAAUCCAGCGAGGCGAGGGCGGUGAGGGUGGCUCCCCGUCCACCAGAGCGGGCAAGGCCAGCGAGGGCGACAGCUGCGACGGCACCGAGUCGGACGGCACGGUGGAGGGCACACGCCCCGGCCACGAGCACCACCCGGCCUCGGAGGGCGAGGGUGGGUCCGACCACAGGGACGAGGGAACCACCUUGGCCACCGGCAGCACUGCCGCAGGUACCAGUGGCCACCACAAGGGCGGUGCCCUGGAGAGCCUGUUCAGCUUCCCAGAGAGCAGCCAUGUUUCCUCUGUGUCCGUGGCUGCUACCGCCGCUGCCCGCAACCCCCGGGACAACAGCCUGCGCAAGAAGAAAGCCGCCAACCUCAAUAAUAUCAUCCACCGUCUGGAGAAGGCCGCAAGCAAAGACGAGCCCCAUGAGUGGGAGUUCUAAUACGGUCCCCCCUGCUCACGCUACCGGGGAAAGAGAGAGUUCCUAUUUUUCUAGAGCCCUGACUGCACAGUCCCAAGGCCAAGCCUGGAGCAGUGCUGCCAGAGAAGAACUGGUGUCUUUUACGAGUUUUCAUAUCAAAGAGGGUUUAGAGAUUUUUUCCAGAAGCGAAACGACAGCAACAACCUUGUUUUGUUUGUAGAUAAAGCACUUAACAGCCCUGCUGGCCACAGGGCCCUAACACCACCGGCCAAAGGUGCGAAAGAGACGAAAGACUUGCGCUACUCACAAAGGAGCUUCACUCCACAGGAGGAAACUGUCACGAGAAGCAAUUCUGUGUUUUAUUUGUGUGUGUGUGUUUCCCUUUGAGAGAUUUAUUCGCCACCUCAAAGUUUUUCUAACCUUGUUCGCUCAGUGAGUUUUCACCACAUCUAGCAGACUAAAUGUUACAAUGUUUUCUCUUUUCUCUGUUUUUGAAGAGGUUCCUCCUCCUCAUAACUCUAUUGCAGCUCUUUGGUAUCUGUAAGGAUCGUCAAACGGAAAGCCAAGCAUUUAAAACAUUUGUGUCUGCAGGAGAGAAGGACCAUGGAGAACCCUUUCCCAAGCAACCUUCUUCUCUGUGCCCCAAAAGUUGCCAUGUAAUGGCUUUGGAACUCUUAAUAUGCUAUGGACUCCAUUGAGAAAGGAAUCAAAAAUUUUAUAAAAUUAUUUUUCUCCUCUGAGAAAGAAAAAAACGUAUAUAGCAAUUUGGUUGCCACUAAGAGAUUGCACAGUCGGUCGACUCUAAACAAUGCUAGUUUCGAUUCCUAAAUACUUGGGAAGGAUAAAAUGAGAAGUGAAAAUACGAAUUAUCAGUUGUUGAAAGGAACGAUGAAAAAAGAUUAUCACUUUAAUUCACCAUUUUUCAACAUACAACGUAAAAUGCAACAGUCAUGUAAGGAAAAAGGAAAAAUCAGAAAACAUCUUGUGGUAGCUGACUUUUAGUGUUCUUUCUCGUGAGUGAUCUAGAAACUCUUUGAUAAGUAGUGCACAUUUCUUUCAUAGCUUUAACUGACUUUCGGGGGACGCCAUUUUGGUGGCACUGGGAGCGUUUGUUUAAUACACUCCAUUUUAGGCCAAAAUCAGGUUUGAGAAUUAAGAAAACUAAAGAGAAAAAAAAGAUGUAAAAAAUGUAUACAAGUUAAUGGAGAAAAAAAAUAUUUCAGUCUAGAUAUUUUUUAAAGUAGAAAGUUACGAACCUGCUUUUUAACCUCUUUUAACCACAAAAAAACACACUAUUGAGACCUCAGAACCGGGGCGGGCAGUGGAGCCGAUGGCCGCUGUACUUCACAGGCUGGCCCUAGGACGGGGAGGCUUGCGUUUCAUUGGGUGAAAAAGCCAGGAGAUGCACAGCUCACUUUACUGUAUAUUCCAAGCUUCAGGCUCUUUUGCUCUCAACUCUUUACCUAUGGUUGUGUGUAUAUAUGUACAUUGUCAAAACAAAAGACAGAAAAGAAAGACAAGAAACCCCCGUUCCUGUUGCAUGCGGUGCACUAUGAGUCGGUGGAAGAGAUGGACUCUCCUCUGCUUGUGUGUUCCCAUACCGACGAGCCACAUGACUGACCUAGUCAUGGUCGACCUGUCAUACGUCCCUCCUUUAAACCCCUCUGACAUAUAUUCUCCACAGGCUGUCAUGUUGUGUUGCUCAGAGGUCAAGAGGUCAAAUGUACCAGUACUUAGUAGAGAUAUUUCAAGGUACAUUUUUACUAAUUUAAUAACCAAUACCAAAAGUUAUAUCCAAAGUACUGUUGAUGUGACAUCCCCCAUCCAAUUUGGUCAUCUCUGUUUCAAAGUCGAGCUGAUUCUCCCACCAAUCUUAAUGCGCUCUCUUCCUUAUAUGACCAGUUUUAUGAUCAAUUCAUGACUGUUACGUAGCAUCUCCAUUCUCCACUGGUCACAACAAGUCCUCUUACCUUCAGCUGAAACUCUUGGCCUGCCUCAUGUGAAUAUAUCUCAGAGGUUAAGAUCACUUGACACGGGUCAAUGGAAGAAACAAAGACAUUCAUUUUAUACUCAACCCUCAACCCAUCCUCCCUCUCCCAGACAUGGUAGAACAGUAGACACCCCCUCGCACACAUCGCAACCUUCUCCAUCCUCUCCCUUUCCUCCUAUGCCACAAGCUCACAGUGCCUGCCCGCCCACUGCCUCUCCCUGUGUGUUUGAGAGUGUGAGAGCACACACGUACGUGUACACAAGUAGAUGUGCGCGUGUGUGAUUUUGUAUGCACGUACCGUAAGAAAGGGGUGUAAGGGUGUGAGCGAGGACUAGCUGCCCUGCUCUGCCAUACACACCCCUGAGUGUGUGUGUGUGUGUGUGUGUGUGUGUCUCUGUGUGUGUUUUAUAAGUCUGCGUGGCUUUGAUUUGUACAUGCCUGCACACACAUAGAGUGCACAACUGCCACUCUUUCUUUCUUCUAAGCUGUUUUCUAAGUUAUCGCUAACGACAUAGCAGACUCACAAAUACAGUAGGUCUCCUUUAUUGCCAUAUAUUAAAGACUCACAGUAGAUGACUUCAACAAAGUUUUUUUUGUUUCAUUUUUUUGUUCUACUUAUUUAUAAGGGCUGUAUUUUACAUUUUAAUGUCUUAUUUGAUUUCUGUUUUACAUUAUUAUUAUUAUUAUUAUUAUUAUUAUUGUGUGGGACUAUAAGGGGUCAUGUAAAAAUGUUUUUAGACUGAUAGACUGCCGGCAGUAUUGGGUUAUACGUACGAGAUGUAGUUGUCAUACAUGUAUAUUAGUGAAAUUUGAAUAUGUUUUGACAGUGUCAUUUAUAUGGUUUGAACUGAAAUGAGAGAACAACCCGAUGAUGUCGUCGAUAGCAUUAUGGUGCAUUCACCGUUCAUGAUUUGAUGUGUCUGUACAUUUUUCUUUUCUUCUUUUUAACUUGUAUUUGUAUGUAUUUUCCAUGAAGAUAGAUCACCUCAGCAAGCAUGAUUGAAAUCAGGUUGACUCAUUCUAUUUUGUACGUUUUCCGUGUAUCACUGAACCCAGCACAGGACAGAAGUUGUGGUGGGGCUCGAGAACCAAUAGCAUCUGAAGGUCUGGAACUGCUGUCCUUUGGCAUCACCUCUGAAUCUGACAUUUAUUUUGAAAUGUUCAAGCUUUAUUUGAGAUUAAUAAAGUGAGGUAGAUUUUUCCUAAAUAAGCACUGAUAGGAUCACUAUAUAUGGGCUUAGAUCAAGCAAGAGAGUGUGACUGGCAUUUCCUGUUUAUUGGCCUUCAUUUGUAGGACCGGGAGGUUUCCGGUCUCUACAACCUAACCAACAUGUGGCUCUGCACAAGGCUAGGGAUCAGAAAACUGGAGUAAACUAUAAACUGUGAUGCACUUGCUGAAAUCUAAAACUUUUGUGAAGCUCUUAGUACUACGUACCCCGACUAUUCAGAAUAUUUUUAUUUCCACAAUUAUUAUUUGCUAAAUAUAGGUUUAGUUCUUUAAAACAAAACAAAAAUGUAUCAAAUUACAUUUUUAUACAUAACAAUAAUAAACAGGUGUGUAAAGCACAAGCACUACUGACCAAAAACCUCUUAAAAAGGGGGGAAGGCAACAAAACUGUCACAAUUUACCUUAAAAGUUGAAUUGCAUGCUGUUAAAAAUGUUCUAUGCCAUUCUGACUUUACAAUAAGCUUAGUCUUUAAAGACUUCACAUUAUCAAGAAAGAAAAAGAUUAUUGGCAACUUUUCAAAUUGUGCGCAUUUGGAGCACAAUACAUUGGACUUAAUAUAUGGCUGUCUGAUCCUUGCGUCAUACCCUGGCUCUAUAGAGUGGGUCCUGAAUGCCUACUGCUCAGCUGCCCCUCCUACAGCAAAGCUGGGGGUGAUUGGAGCACCUCUGGAGGGCAGUGAAGUUAGCACACUGUUCAUAAGCCCUGCGUCCUGGCUGGUUCCAAACUACGCUCCCUCAAGUGCCACACUGCCAGUCUGGCCAACCACAGCAGUCCCUAUCAGCUGGUCACACUGUUCUACUGAACUUCGUUGGAAAGAUUUGAUAGAUUGAACCCCUCCAAAAAAUAAGAGUGUUGAACUUUUUUUGAUAAAAGCACAAGUACUGCGACAAGUUUAAAAUAAUGGUAUUUCCAUAUAAUGGCUUUUGAAAAGUAAAGCUUAAAUUGAUCAUACCCAAAAACAUUACCUUUCAAAAAAAGGAGUUGAUGUUUUAGCACUAUUAAAGAGAUAUCUUAGCUUAGCACUUAACUGUCUGCGAGCCUUUUCCUCCGGACUAUCUUAAGUUCAUAGGAGUGCCUUUGCCUUAAAGUGACCGAAGUGUUGAUAUUGUUUUAAGGAUUGCUCAUAAACGAAUGCAGUAAACUGGCUCAGUCUCUUGGACUGAAGUCUUGCGCCCAUCCCAUCGUCAUUCUCAUGAGACUUAUCAUCACUGAUCUCCAAGUCUUGUGCAGGCACCACAUGGAAACAAGCAAUCAUUUUGACUGGUCUCCCACAUGUCCUCAACACAGCUGUUGACGUCUGUAGCAAAGUUGUUUUGUCUGGAAAUGCUCCACUGCUGUUGAACGAAAGGGGUCCAGUUCUGUGACUGUCUGCAGUCCUGGGCUGGCUCCUCCAGAGGUGAUGCCAAUGCAGACUUGUAGGCCACAGAUUUGUAGGAGGUACACAAUCAAAAGCCCAUAUGCAGAUAGUCGGUAUGGCCCUCAUUAACAAUGAUGCAGGCUUGAGUAGGCACUAGUGAACGGUAUGUGAGUCUCCCAGAGGGAUUUCAGUUUGAUACUAUUACUAACAUGUCAAGUUGUGCUAUCAUGAUGUCAACUGUUCCCAGCUAAUGCCCUGUUAGUACAGGCGACGAUAACGAUAGCUGACAGGCAGUGCUUUUUGACUUGGAGUUGAAUUUCUGUGGAUUGGUUUUUAUUUUUCUAUUUCUCAUUUGAUGCUAAUAGAAGAUUUGAACAUGAGUUCUCUCACUUUUUCUCCCCAAAUCAUGUUCUGCUGUCAGCCAUUUUGGAAACAUUGCAUGUAGUUUUGCCCUUUAACCCAGAGGGAAAUGUUUUUGAUCAACCAUCAUUAAUCUUUAUUUGAUUUUAUCCCUAUUAAUUCAUAGAUCGAUGUGUUUUGGAUUAUUAUUUUAUCGUAAUCAUUUAAAGGGGUGUUGUGCACUCUGAGCUAAUGGAAGUAAUUCUGGUUGUAGUAGAAACCAAAGUGGUGGAAUUAGUUUUUAACUUUUCCCUAUUUUCAAACCGUCUGAACGUCAUUGCUUCUUGUUAAUGUGUACCACACCUCUUUUUCCUCAUGCUGUAGGUUAGGUUCACAUAUAUGACAUUGCUUUGUCAGACUCUCUUUCUUGAACAAGGGAUUGCACCCUUAGUAUUCAAGGACACGAUUCUCCUUGAGGCCACAGUCAUGGAAAUAAUGCUGACUAGACCGGCACAGAACAUAGACAAGGACAGAUAUCACACACCAAUACAUGAGCAAUACAACUGAAAGAGGACCAAAUCAGGCUUGACUACCUGUGAGUUAUUGUCUAGCACAUGUUCAUGUAGAAGUCAUAAAGACAGGCUACGCUUAUCAGUCGCAAGUUAAUACAGUGUUUAUGUUGUAGGGACUGGGAGUCCAAGAACUAGAGGUCGAUCCUCUUUUCUCUGCUCCUGUUCAUGUGUAUACUUCUGCCAUUGACAGGGAAAGGUUUUCUUUAAGUGUUGGUCAGUUUUGUAGACACAGAGUUGUCUGUAGCUUUGUGAAUGAACGGGUAAGAUUAUGAGUAUCAUGAAGAAUUAGGGGACUGGAUUUCACAGUGGAACCCUGGCGGAAGCACCCAAAGCAACACUGGUUUAUACAAAGGGCAUUUUGCAUGUGUUUGUGCAGUUUCUUUGUGCUACAGUUCCCUUCUGUGUUUUCAUGUUCUUUUUCUGUUGCUAAGAAAAACAUAUGUUGUUCCAUUGUUGCAGAAACCAUAAGAUUCUUUUGGAUGAAUUUCAGGAUUUUGCCCUUUGCAAAUAUUUUUCUAUAGAACUAAAGUAGAUUGCUAUCAAUAUUAUAUACACUGUCAUAUAAAGUUGUACAGAUAUAUAUCCUUAUAGCAAGUUGUUAAGAAUUACUAUGGGUUGGUUUUUUGUUAUUACUGUCAAAAGUAUUGGUAGUUAUUUCUCUGUAGGGUUGAUGUGUCCAUAGCUUAGUUUUUUUCCCCAUAUCAGGACUACGAAAACCUCACACUGUAAGAUCAACUUCAAGGAUCGUUGCAGACGUUUUAGCAUUAGCCAGCGCUAAUCUCAUGGUGUUUCUGUAUCAUGGAUUCACAUUUCUCUUAUGACCCUCCAAUCAUUUCAUAACCUUACGUUAUUUGUGAGACAAACGUUAACCCAGUAAACAUGAAGACCAAUGCCUUGAUUCUCAUAAAGCAUAUACAUUACAGAACCAUAUCAUGUCAUUGCACAUCACUAGCCCCAAUCUAUACUUGCUUUUAUUUAUACUAUAUACACUCCCUUUGACUUGUUAGAUCUCCUUAUUCAAUGUCAAGAGCCACUGAUAGUGACAAAAGGUUUUUGACGAGAUUUGCUAAAAGUGUGAUGAAAUCUGGAUUUAUUUGCUUUUGAUUUGCCUUCCCGUUUUAAGAUGAGAUUUGAUUUGAACAUUAAUACGUUUCUUUCUUGCUCUCAUAUCUUUUUGCUUGUGUUUAGUCUUGGAAGUCAGCCAGGGACAGUAGGCUUGUUGUGAUUGUGAGAAGAGUCAGAAGUCGCCAUGUUAAUGGAGUUGUGAUUCCAGUGACAUUGGAAAUGGAGACUAUAAUAAUGGUCAACAAUGGUGGCAUUAAUAAUGUCAUAUUCAAUCUGAAUUUGGAUUAUCUAAGUGUGGUCAAACAUAUUACUCUAUGCAUUACUGAUUGACUGCUGAUUGACAUUUUGUUUCCAACACAGUGGUGGUUGGCAUAUAAAUUACGAUGAAAAGCUAUAUAAUAAAUGUUGACAUCGAUUAACGGUUGGUUGUAUUACGGUAGUUUUGGGCCAUUGUCGGCCAACUCCAAAUGGACAACUAAUUUGGCUCCCUUUAGUUGACAUCCAAUAUUGUGUUUUCUGAAAGCUGUGUUUUUAGAGCUUUAGUGAAGGAAGCAUGAUAGAACUACAUCACCCACAGUCCUUUGCUGCUACCUUGUUUGCUGUCUAGUCAUAUGAGAGGAUGUUGUGGUGGCAGAGUUACAUACUCAUAUAAGCUGGGUGUCUAUGGAGUCCCCUCCCUCAGUUCAGCUCUAUGCCUCCAUACUCAUAUUGAUAUGCUCCCAAUGCCUCAACUGACUGUAUGGAUUUGGAACCGGACAAAUCCCUGCUAAACUGCUGAAGUCAUCAAGUUUGUUUGUGUCCAGUUCACCUUUGUUUGGCCAUGUGCUAUAUCUAAUCUGAUUUUCAUUGACUAAAGCCUUGUUCACAUUGGAAGUUGACUCAAAUCAAAAAAAAUUGCAUAUCCGA